AUGACUGUUACAUGGUAUGCUCUCAACAAUACCCGGAAGUUGGCUAGCCUCACUGGUGUGGAGGGCGGCCACUCACUGGAGAGUAGCCUCUCCAUCUUGCAUACCUUCUAUGCGCUGGGUGUGCGCUACGUGACACUCACCCACACCUGCAACACGCCCUGGGCACAGAGCUCAGCAAAGGGUAUCCACCCAUUCUACAGCAAUGUCAGUCGGCUGACCGGCUUUGGCGAGAAGGUGGUGGCAGAAAUGAACUGCCUGGGCAUGAUGGUGGACUUGUCCCAUGUCUCGGAUGCUGUGGCACGGCGAGCCCUAGAAGUGUCACAGGCACCUGCCAUCUUCUCCCACUCAGCUGCCAGGGGGGUGUGCAAGAACACUCGAAAUGUUCCUGAUGAUAUCCUGCAGCUUCUGGUGAGAGACUGCCCUGGCCCUCAUACCUAA